CAUCUCUAUUUGCCAGAUCGGGCUCGCUACCUUGAACACCACUAGCUGUCUCCGUAUUUUUAUAUGGGUCACAGUCCAAAAUGUCUUUAUGCCGGGCAUUGCGGGUGCUUCGAGCACCAGUCCCGCUCGUGUCAAAACGGGGACUGUCCCACGACCCUAUUCGACAGGGGCUGGUUGGAAUGGUGGGCCGGACACCCCUCGUGAAGAUCCAGAAACUUAGCGAGGAAACAGGCUGUGAAAUUCUGGCCAAAGCGGAGUUUUGUAACGGCGGCGGAUCGGUUAAGGACCGGGCGGCGUUGUUCCUCAUCCGAGAUGCCCAGAGGCGGGGCUUGAUCCGCCCUGGCGGGACGGUGGUGGAGGGAACGGCGGGGAACACUGGGAUAGGACUCGCGCACAUGUGUCUGGCCCUGGGUUACAGGUGCGUGAUCUACAUGCCAAACAACCAAUCGCAGGAGAAAAUCGACGUGCUAAAAACCCUCGGAGCCGAGGUGAGGACAGUUCCAGUGGUGGCCUGGACGGACGAGGCCAACUACAACCACCAGGCGAGGCGUUUCGCCGAGAGUCUCGAUAACGCGGUCUGGACCAAUCAGUUCGACAACACCGCCAACAGACAGGCGCAUAUCGAGACUACCGGGCCAGAAAUCUGGGAGGAGACGAAGGGCAAGGUCAACGCAGUCGUCUUCGGAACGGGGACCGGCGGAACCCUUGCUGGGGUCGGGACCUACUUGAAAGAGAAGAACCCAAAGGUGCAGGUGUUUUUGGCGGAUCCAGAGGGAAGCGUCCUGUACCACUGGUUCAAGAACGGGAAGUUGGAAAGGACGGAGGGGUCGUCUAUUGCAGAGGGCAUAGGUCAAGGUCGGGUCACGAAGAAUCUGGAAGGCGCUCCAGUCGAUGACGCUCUCGCCAUUCGCGACACCGAGGCUGUGGCCAUGACCUUUCGAUUGCUCCACGAGGAAGGUCUCUUUGUUGGGGCUUCCACGGGCCUGAACGUAGCAGCAGCUGAAAAGGUCGCCCGGAUUAUGGGGCCAGGUCACGUGAUUGCCACGUGCCUGUGCGACACUGGGCAGAGAUAUCACGCCAAGUUAUUCAGCAGGAAAGUUCUUGAAGAAAGAGGUCUUCUGGACAGUAUCCCAGAAAAUCAUAGAAAAUCAUUACAUUGAUGUAUUAAAGGACAGUAUACAAAAUUAUCUUUAAAAAGAUUACAUUGAAUUUUAAUCAUGUACAGAUAAUUAUUAUAUUUUAGUUCUGUACACUGGCGUAGGAAACGGGGGGCACUUUUCAGAUAUUUUGCUUUAUAUUUGCAUUAUAACAGUGUAAAAGUGUGCCCCCCCCCCCCCCCCCGUCCCCCCCCCCCCCCACACUUUUGGCAUCUUCCUACGCGCGUGCUGUAGAUUCAUCUGACUGAAAUCUGAGGCUUGUUCAGGAGGUAGAGCUUUCACAGUCGCUCGCUAGACUGGUUCUUGCGCCUAACUUUAAAAUAUACCGGGAGAUAUUUUCUCCUGCGCAGACUACCGGGGAGACUCCCGCGGAAUCCGGAAGGGUUGACGGGUCUGCUUUAAGUGAAUGCUAUAGGAUAGGAUUUGAUUAAUUUAAGCAGUCAAAUUGUUCGCGAGCGCUCGUCUUUCAGAACACGUCACUGAUCUUGCUGUUCAUACCGCUUCCGGGUUAUUAGUCAAAAGAUCAGACGGCAGCCAUUAAAGAGACUGUCCCAAGUUUGCAGCUAUUGCAAGAUAUUUCCGUUUAUCAGAGGAAAGAUGCUACAAUAGUAACACACUCAAGACGAUGUAUUAAUGUCUUCUGAACACGACGUGGCAUUGGCUUGUAUCAGAUCUACCAACAUAAACCUUGAUGAAGUGACCAGUAAGAUUUGAUUUCAGUCGGACUAAUUUUAACUAUAUUGAUACCCAAGAUACAUUUUAAUCUUAGUAAUGAACAAAAUUCUUAAACAAAUGAAAAAUAUAUUAAA